AUGGACGCCCAAAACGGAAAACAUGCAUCAGUCGCUGAAGAGAAGGCAACAAGUCAAGGGCUUGAGCAGUGGCUCACAGCAACCACUGGACAUGAGAUCGUUUCAGAUACCACCAGUCUCAGUGACAAAGAUGAAGCUUUCGAAUUCUUGCAGAACAAUCCCCGGCGCGAGGAACUAUUGGCAGAAGGCCAAGCUAUACUCAAUGACCCCAUCAAGUAUAGGAGACUCCUCCGCAAGAUCGACUUCACCAUCAUACCCCUCUUGGCACUCACGUAUUUUCUGCAAGCACUGGACAAGACAACACUCGAGUACACCGCGGUAAUGGGCAUCCGCGAGGACACCCACCUAGUAGGGCAGCAAUACUCCUAUCUAGGCAUGUUCUUCUGGGCUGGCUACCUCGCCCUCGAGCUCCCCACUCAGUUGAUGGCACAACACAUCUCCCGGCUUGGCCUGUACCUAGGGGUCAACAUCAUCCUGUGGGGUAUUGCUGUCGCCUGCCACGCCGCGUGCAAUACUUUUGCUGGGUUGGCUGUGUGCCGCAGCUUGCUGGGCGCAUUCGAGUCCUGCGUCGCACCAAUCCUUGUGUUCAUUGUUGCUAUGUGGUAUAAAAAGGCAGAGCAGGGCCGAAGAGUGUCAUGGCACCACGUCAUGGCCAAUUUCAGCAUGAUGGUGGGAGGCUCCGUAUCCUACGGUGUUUCCUUCAUCGAGAGCAGGUUUGCGGUGUGGAGGAUUUUCUAUCUCGUCAUUGGGCUUCUGACCAUCUGUUCCGGCGUGAUCAUAUGCCUGUUCCUACCGGAUUCUCCAGUCAGGGCGAGACGCUUUACCGAGGCUGAAAAGGCGGCUGUCUUGCUGCGGAUCAGGGACAACCAAAGUGGCACCCAGAAUGCGAAGAUCAAGAAGCCGCAGGUCGUCGAGGCUCUGAAGGAUGGCCGUGUCCUCCUGGUCGGCUUCGCCACGCUUCUCAUUGCCAUACCUGGUGGAGGUCUAAGUACAUUUGGCACUAUUCUCACAGUAUCUUUUGGUUAUACUCAUCAGCAAGCAUUGAUCUUCGCAGUUCCAAUGGGAGCCAUCGGUUUACUCAUCAUUGGAUGCGCGCUUCCCGCAAUAAUGUCAGCCAGUCUCAUGAUCGGAUUUGACCCAAACGGUGUCCCUCUGAAUAAGCCAGGGCUGCUUGCCGCAAGACUUAUUGGCGUCACUGCUAACUGCACUCUGCCGAUCCUGCUCUCUUGGAAUGCCUCGAACAUUGCUGGUCACACAAAGAAGGUUACGGCAAAUGUUCUGACUCUCAUGCUUUGGGCCACUGGUAAUAUCCUCGGCACUCAAGCAUUCAGGGCGACAGAAGCACCUGCAUAUACAUCAGGGAAGAUCACCAUAAUCGCAUGCCUGUCAGCGACGUGCUUUGUCGUUCUGCUUCUGAGACACUGGAACAACCAUCUCAACAGAAAGAACACCAAGAUGGUGGCGGGGCUUUCGGAGGUUGAGAGCGAAGACUUGCGUGCCAAGCUGGCAUUUGCCGAUGCUUCUGAUCGCCAGAACCCGUUCUUUGUUUACACACGGUAG